AUAUUGUCAUGGAAUGAUAGCUAUAUCAUCUCAAUACGGACCGCAUAUGCUGUAAAUUAUCAUAGUAUACCACAUUAGUCAAAAAUGCACCAUGCUCGCACCCUCCAGUUUAUAUGUUGCACUCAGAGAACAUUACGCGAUUUUAAAACUUGUUCUCGAGCAUUUGUUUCAGGCCUCCAAAUACGAACAACAGACGCCGUGAGACGUAAUUCCGGCUGGGAACCUAUUGCCAAGAAAGUUAAGACAGCUGGAUAGAAGUAGAAAUUUUCCAACAACAGAAGCUUUACAAGCGUCUCAAACAUAUUGAAAUACCUGAUCAUUUUUACGCUAAAACUCUUCUCAAUACAAUUUUUUCGCCACAAUGCUGUUGAGUUUCUAUUCGGAUGAUGGACAAUGACGGCCAUUCCCUAUUCGUAGCACGAUAUAGAAGCUUGCCUUUGAUAAAAGGUACGUGGAUUUACAAACUGUCAAACUUUCGCAUGAAUUUGGACCGCUACAUGGUAGAUUCUUUCCGCUUGACGAGCUCCUAUAAACUUUGUCAAAGUGAAAUUUGUCACCGCGCUCAUUGUUUUUUUCGAUGAUAUUCUGCAGAAACCUAAAACAAGCUUACUACAGGUCUAACCAAAGUUUAUCUUAAGAAUGAAGGCUCUUGCUGCCUUUUAUUGCCAUAUUGAUUGUACAGUCUUGUGGUUUUACAUGCUCCAACACUGAGCGAAAAAAAAACGCGACUUGUAAUGCUCUGUGCGUACAAUUUAGGUAUUGAAGUCAGGUCCUAUUUAUAAUCUGCAUGAACUAUACAAUCGCAAGCUGCCCGUGAAGUGGAUAAGUGUUCAGUGUUCCUGUUCAGUAUCCGAAAUGACUUUGAAGGGUAACUGGGUAGUUAGUUAUUCAGCUCACACUUCAAGCUCCUUAUUUGUUGAGGCUUUAAUAAAGAUAUUUCUAAGAUUUGAUGUAGGGGUAUUGUAAAUUGAAAAAUAAGAAACCCCUUCAAUUUGCAACAUACCAGUCCGCGCUGGCAUAACUAGUUUGUACCUGAUCUUGAAGAGAACGCGAGGCGCCGCCAUAUCGAACGCGAUUGAUAUCAAAGUGGAAGAU